UUACUCACACAUUAUUUUUUUAAUCUUUCUUUUUUUAGUUACUUUAAUAAAUUCUGAAAGACUUCCUUUCUGGCAAAGGGCGAGAGACCAGAUUUUGAAUAAAGUACAAAAUACAAAUUUAGAAGAUUUCAAGUUCAAUGACUUAUUUGAUUUAUCUGAAGAAAAACAGGAAAUUCUGCAGGAGGAAAAAGAAGGAUAUGAUACAGAUUAUACAUACAAAAGUAUUUGUUUUAUUGACGGAAAACCAAUGGUUGUGAAUAAUUUGGAUUGUAGAUAUCAAGGCAAAUCUGUAAAAAAAUAAUUCCAAAUUUUGUUAAAUUUUAAGUUGCUUUGGGGCGUUUUCGUAAUGCAAUAAAUAUAUCUGGAUGAUUGAAACGAAAGGUGAAUAUGAUCCAGGAUUUCAAGCAUAUGCUGCUGGAUAUAUUGAAGGAGUCUUAACUCAACGGGUGUUACAUUUACACAUCCAAAAUACUGUGAAAGAUUACUGCAAAGGAUAUCAAAAUUAUUGCAAAAAAUUGAUGAUUUUUCUUUAUGAAAAUAUGCAAUAUGUUAAGAAGAAAAUAGAUUCAGCUGCAAAAGACAAUCCUUAUUGGCAAGCGGUUAAAAUGGCCUAUAUGCAAUUAACAGGUAUAUGGCACGGCUAUUCUUCAUCAAAAUUUAAUCCCUCUAUUCAAUACGAAGCACAUUUUGUUAUGUUGUUAAAUUCAAAUGGAGACUUUUAUGAUUUGGAAUCCAAAUUAAACAAAACAAAAGAUCCAGCUGAUGAUAUAACUGGUGGAAGGUGUUCAGGAUUAAUUAAGGUGGCCCCUAAUAAUGCUGAUUUGUUUAUAUCACAAGUUACAAUGUCUGGAUUUCAAAAUAUGCUUCGAAUGCUUAAACUUUACAAAUUUGGUGUUGAUUCAAUUCUUUAUCCUGGACAUACAAGUACAUUUGCUGGAUAUCCUGGAGUUAUUUAUUCAUCUGACGAUUUUGCCUUGACUAGUACAGGAUUGGCAGUAAUAGAAACAACAGUAAAAGUUUGGAAUAUAUCACUUUAUGAAGCUACAAAAACACAAGGACAGAUACUUUGUUGGGUUCGAGCUGUAGUAGCAAAUCUAUUAUCACGAACACCUCGCGAAUGGUGCCAAAUUUUUAAACGUUACAAUUCUGGCACUUAUAAUAAUCAAUGGGGCAUUUUGGACUACAAACGAUUUACUCCAGAAAAGCCAUUACCUGAUUCUGGACUUUUUUAUGUUUUGGAACAAAUGCCCGGCCAUGUCUAUUAUCAGGAUCUGAGUUUAUAUUUAAAAGAGAAGACAUACUUUGCAAGCUAUAACAUUCCAUUUUUCAAGAAAGCUAGCAGGAUUAGUGGAUUUAAAGCAAAAGGAAAUGAAUUUUACUGGUUUAACUGGACAGACUGUCCUCGGGCAAAAAUUUUUGCUAGAGAUCAUAAUAAAGUGAUUGAUUUAGAUACUUUAACUAAAUUAAUGAGAUAUAAUGACUAUAAACAUGAUGAAUUUAGUCGGUGUAAAUGUUCUCCGCCCUAUACAGCAGAAGCAGCAAUUUCAUCUCGUGGUGAUUUAAAUGAGCCAAACGGCACUUAUCCACUUCCAGGCAUGGGACAUGUCAACCACGGGGCAUUGGAUUAUAAAGGAACUAAUUAUGAAUUAGCAAAACAACUACGUUUUCGUGCUUGGAGUGGUCCCACAUAUGGAAAUGUUCCUGUAUUUGAUUGGAGAACGAGUCUUUUGGCUCCUAAAGUCAAACAUUUUGGACAUCCAGAUCGUUGGGAUUUUAAACCAGUUGAUUAUCGAUGGGAGACGCAACUCAAUUGA